CAGUCUGGAUGGGAAGUGAUAAUGGGCGGCGGAGUUUGGCUGAAGGCUGAGAGGAUGGUUUGAGUGUCGCGGUGUCAGCCUCCUGGCUUCCCUAGGCGGCAGCGACGGCCGGGCCCCAAACAACAGAGUGGUGUCCCCGGCCCGGACGCCUCCGUUCCCUUCCCCCCACCGGUUGGCUCUCCGGGCUCCGGGGCCAUGCUGGCCGUGGCCGCCAAUCCCGGUCUGGAUGGAGUCCCCCGCCGCCCCAAGCCCCGGCUUGGACGCCGCCAGCCCAGACACAUGGCAUCCAGGAGAAAGAUGUCUUGCCCCUUCCCCAGAUAAUGAAAAACUUUGUGAAGCAAGCAUAAAAUCUAUCACAGUGGAUGAAAAUGGGAAGUCAUUCGCAAUUGUCUUAUAUUCAAAUUUUCAAGAAAGGAAAAUACCACUUAAAAGACUUCAAGAAGUAAGAUCUAUUAAAGAUUGUCCCAGGAAUUUUAUAUUUGAUGAUGAAGAUUUGGAAAAACCAUAUUUCCCGGACAGAAAGUUUCCUUCAUCUGCUAGUGCUUUUAAAUUAUCUGAAGAUGGAGACUCUAUUCCUUAUACUAUUAAUAGGUAUUUGAGAGACUACCAACGAGAAGGAGCCCAGUUUCUGUAUAGGCACUACAUUCAAGGAAGAGGUUGUAUUCUUGGUGAUGACAUGGGUCUUGGAAAAACAGUACAGGUUAUUUCAUUUCUGGCUGCAGUUUUCCAUAAAAAGGGAACUCAUGAGGAUAUUGAAAAUAACAUGCCAGAGUUUUUACUAAGAAGUAUUAAGAAAGAACCCACUUCUUCUACAGCAAAAAAGAUGUUUUUAAUAGUUGCUCCUCUUUCUGUUCUCUACAACUGGAAGGAUGAAUUGGAUACCUGGGGAUAUUUCAGAGUCACUAUUUUACAUGGUAACAAAAAAGACAAUGAAUUGAUUCGUGUAAUGCAGAGGAAAUGUGAAAUUGCUCUAACAACAUAUGAAACAUUGCGCUUAUGUCUAGAUGAACUCAACAGAUGGUUUAUUGUUCUCUGACGGAUUUCCAGAAAGCUGUCUAUCAAACAGUGUUAGAAGCAGAAGAUGUGACUUUGAUACUUCAAUCUUCUAAGCCUUGUACCUGUAACAGUGGCCGGAAAAGGAGAAACUGUUGUUAUAAGACUAAUUCACGUGGUGAAACAGUGAAAACCUUGUAUCUCAGCUAUCUUACAGUCCUUCAGAAGGUAGCGAACCACGUCGCACUGCUGCAGGCCACUAGCACUUCCAGACAACAGGAAACACUUAUCAAAAGGAUAUGUGAUCAAGUAUUUUCCAAAUUCCCAGACUUUGUUCAGAAGAGCAAAGAUGCAGCCUUUGAGACACUUUCGGAUCCUAAAUACAGUGGAAAAAUGAAGGUCCUUCAGCAGCUUUUAAAUCAUUUCAGGAAAAACAAAGAUAAGGUUCUUCUCUUCUCCUUUUCCACCAAGUUGCUCGAUGUACUGCAGCAAUACUGUAUGGCGUCUGGGCUUGAUUACCGGCGACUUGAUGGAAGUACAAAAUCAGAGGAAAGACUCAGGAUCGUGAAAGAGUUCAACAGUACACAAGAUGUUAACAUUUGCCUUGUCUCUACAAUGGCUGGCGGACUAGGCCUCAAUUUCAUUGGUGCCAAUGUUGUUAUAUUAUUUGAUCCUACUUGGAAUCCAGCUAAUGAUCUUCAAGCCAUUGACAGAGCAUAUAGGAUUGGACAAUGCAGAGAUGUUAAAGUGUUUAGGCUGGUAUCCUUGGGAACUGUGGAGGAAAUCAUGUAUUUACGACAGGUAUACAAGCAGCAACUUCACUGUGUGGUGGUUGGAAGUGAAAAUGCCAAGCGAUACUUUGAAGCAGUUCAAGGAUCAAAAGAGCAUCGAGGAGAGCUUUUUGGGAUCUAUAACCUCUUUACACUAAGAUCCCAAGGAUCUUGUCUUACAAGAGACAUCUUGGAGAGAGAAGGCCAAGUAGAAGCAGGGAUCAUGACAGCCACAACAUGGUUGAAAGAAGGACCUCCAGCACAGGAACUAGAAACACCCAAAGAGUCUGACUGUCAAGAACCCAGAGGACAUCAAGGACCGACAGCAGGGAGUGAUCUCUGCAGUGACCUUAGUGAUAAUGAAUCUGUGGGAACCCCAACAAUAAAGACCACUAAACACAGAGCAUCUGACUCAAGCAAAGCCUCCGCAUCUUCAGGACAGCUUACCUUAUUCCAGUGUGGUUUCUCGAAAUUAUUUGAGGCAACAUUUAAAGCAGUUGAGGGGAGCAAUGGACACUCUGCCUCUGGGGAGGACAGUUUGGACGAGCAGCCCACGUGCCUCACCACAGAAGCCAGAGACACCGGCUGCCAGCAGACUCAGGAUAUUGUUGGUACUUCAGAACAUCAGCAACCAGAUAGCACACCAAGUCCCAAUGAAAAAUGUGUUUUUGAUAAAAGAGAGAUUUUAGGACAGAAUGUUUCUUCUGAGUCUGAUGAUGAGAAAAAUGUUAAAACUACAGCUGGACAUCAUUGCAUUUUACAGAACGGCACAGAAUCAGAAGAUAGUGAUGUCAUUUUUCCCACACAGUACACAACUCAGAGGGUCCCCAACAAUCGUAUAAGGCUUAAGCUACCCUUAAAUGGAUCUGAAGAUUAUCAUACAGAAAACCCUAUAAAAAUAAGAAAUAACAAUGAUGGUAGAAAGAUUGAUGAGGGAGGAAAUGGAUUAAUUUCAAAAAAUUUAAGUGCUGAAGGCAUGACCCUGAAGUCUAUGAUGAAAAGAAAAAGCACUGGUGAUAUUAGUGAUGAAUCAGAUGACAUUGACAUUUCCCCCAAGUCAAGAGUAAGAAGGCAAAGAGCUACUAGUUCUUUGAAGUUUAAGAGAAAAAAGGAAAAAAGGGAACUUUACAGUUUCCCCAAAACAUUGAAGAAAAUAAACCCAUUCUGUUUAGCAAAUGAACAUUGUAACUCUCAGCUUAUUGAUGAAUUUUCAUCCUCAGAUGAUUUAUCUGCCCGCCACCUCUAUUUCUCUAAACAAAGUCAUAGAGCAAAAACUAUAAAACACAGAAACAGUUUCUCUUCAAAAUUACAUAGCUGUGAUAAGAAAAAUAGCACCUUCAUACCAAGAAAACCAGUGAAAUUUUCAAAUGAGAGAGUUGUCCAUCAGGAACAGAUAUAUGAAUCAAUGGAUAAGCUUUUAGAUGGUGUUCAGGAAGUGGCUUACGUUCACUCAAACCAGAACGUGAUUGGAUCGAGCAAAGCUGAAAACCACAUGAGCCGAUGGGCAGCACAUGAUGUAUUUGAGUUGCAACAAUUUUCCCAGCUUCCUGCUAACAUUGCUGUGUGCAAUUCUAAGCCAUCUAAAGGAAAACUGAAUGUGGAUACAGUGACACAUAAAAAGACAGACCAGCCACCAAAUGAAGAGGGCAUCUCAUUUCCCUUUUACAUUUCACACCCCAUAACCCAAAAGAAGAAAAAAAUCUACCGAACAGACCAGAAUACGUUCAUAAUUGGAGAAACACCAAAAGUAAUCCGCAGAAAACAAUUUGAAGAAAUGGCCUCUUACUUUAACUUCCCUUCUGUAAAGGAAUUUGCUAAACAUAUAACUAAUGCUACAUCAGAAGAACGACAGAAAAUGCUAAAAGACUUUUAUGUUUCUCAGUAUCCAGAGGUAAAAGAAUUUUUUGUGGAUUCAGCUUCAGAGUUAAUCGGAUCUGCCCACAAGGAAGAAAGGAGAGUCAAGAAGAAAUCUAAAGAAAGAGAACCUCUUGUAAAAGAAAAGCUGUCAGAUUCUAAAACUUUGUCUUUUAAUGAGUUUGCCAACAAAUUUUCCCAGACUUACAGCCCCAAAAUAAAUAAAGGAAAAUCAGUUAGGUUUCGAGAUCAUGGUUCCUGUAGAGAAGAAGCACUUUCUAAUGAUGGGGAUGUUAAGAAAUCACCCACUACCUCUCCUCAAGAGAUUGACAGUGGGAAAAGCAGCCAUGCAUCCAGAGGCACUGUGGCCUCUCACUUCCCGCACAGGAAGUUCAAGUCACAGGAGAGCACGUUAGAGAAUACCCUAGAAGACGAAUGGGACUUCACAAGAACAGGCAUUGCAAGAAAUGGACACCUUUUCAAAUUGGAAAACAGAAAGACAGAAAAUCCAGUAUUAGAAAACACUUGUGUGGAAGGCUUACUCGGUGACACUUCUAUUCUUGAUGACCUCUUUAAAAGUCAAGGGAACAGUUCCACAGGACUGCCAAAGAAAGUACUUUCAGAGCCCGUGGAGAAAGCAAAGCAGAGACCAAAGGAUUUCUGGGACAUCCUGAAUGAGCAGAAUGAUGACAAUCUCAGUAAACUCACUGACUUGGCAGUGAUAGAGACACUGUGUGAAAAGGCACCCCUCACUGCAGCCUCUAAAAGGAAAGCAGCACUGGAGCCGUCUCUCUGGAAACCAAAUGAGAAGUUCUUAUGGAAAACAUUUAACCCAGGAGACACAGAUGAAAAUGCAACCAGUACACAAAAGGAGUGACACAUACAUAUAAAUGGAUUCUUAUACCAGUGAAUCACUCCCCUCAGUAUAGACAGGACUGUAUUCCACUAAUUCUAUUACCUUGAACAUCAUUGUCAACAUAUAUUUUUAUUAAAUUUUUGCUUUAGGAUUUUUUUAGUCUAAAAUAUCAUGAACUUGGUUUCCUUGAUAUCUGAUUUGAUCUCUUAUAAAUAUGACUGUUAAAGUAUAAACCUUUGUUAUGAAAUAAAAAACAUUCUAGAUUUUUUACCGGGAGACUUGGUACAUCUGUCCUACUGGGUAAUUGUAUGACCUUAGAGAAGUCACCUGCCCUCAUGUGCAUCCAUUUCCUAACAUGAAAAGUACAGGAUUGAACCAGGUCAGCAUAAGGAUCCUUCCAGUUUAAAAACCUUGGUGCUUUCUCCCAAGUUGCAUUUAAUCCGAGGCCAAAACAUGCCCCCAAAUCAGAUGUAUAUAGACAUAUUGGCAGUCAUUUGGAAAAUGAGUGUUUUCCUUUUCCCUUGGCAUCAUGUUCUAUUAUUAAGUUAUUUUAGUUGAAAUUUGUAAUUAGUACUGAAUAUAUGGUGUUGUUAAAAUGGUAAUUUAUAGCAGCUCAGAAUCAAAGGUUAAUGUUGCAUAACUAUGUGAGACAUAAUGCUAAAGUAAUAGGAUUUUUACCAUUAGCCACAGAUACCAAUGCUUCAACUUUUUUUAUACAACUUAUGAUUUAGUCCAUGCAAGUAAAGCUUUAUAUACUUUUGUAUUUCUUAAAUAGGAAGAAAUGAAUAUUUUAUUUAGUUUAAAACUAAUAUUUUGUUGAAUUUAAUUUAUAUUGCUCAGAUCCAAACUGGAAAGUGCUGUUGUUGAAUUCAUUCAUUUUGAAACAUUCAACCCCGGUAUUCUGUGCGAGCCCCAACUGUACAGAUGAGAUCCAGCUACCAGUAAAAGCAAGGAGAUUAUGUCUGUAAAGAAUUGUGUAUGUGAAGCCCCUGGCAUCAUGCCUGGCACAGCAAAGGCAGGGACCUGGGGCUGGUACUGAUCCACAUUUAGUUGCACUCUUGCAACUUGCCCUCAGCGAAGCUCACAGGGCUAUGGCAGGAGGAAGCAAUCAUCCAUAAAAUGACAGUGAGUCAAGUUGUGGUCAGAGAUCACUAUUAGAAAAGGGGACUUGGGACUGUCUAGGAUAUAAAGCCAUCACUUAGAAGUGAAACACACACACAAAACCCGAGUCUUUUCUCAAGAGCUGGAAUGACCCAGUAUGUUUUUCUUUAGGAUAAUCUUUUAUCCCAGAGAACUAUGAAAUAUAUUUUAUAUCAUGGCAUACAUAUGUAUUUAUGCAUAUAUGUAAUUGAAAUAAAAGGUUCAUGAAAUAGUAUUUACCCUUAAA